AUGUUGCUGUUCCAGUCGUGCCAUGUUUGCAAGGGCAAGAAUCCACCAGAAGUUGAAGCUCAACAGAUUGGCACCAAAGCUGUCAUCACCACUGUCUGCACAAAUCCAGGAUGCUGUGCAGAAUCUACAUGGCACAGCCAGCCAAAUAUGCCAGGCACGAAACUUCCUGCUCGGAAUUUUCUUCUUUGCAUGUCCAUCCUGUUCGCUGGUGGUUCAAUAACAAAAAUAAGACAGAUCUUCAACCAUAUGGGUUUGGCAUGUGUAUCAGUGAACACCUUCUUCAAACAUCAAAGAGUGAGUUAAAAUUAACAUUUACCUUGUGUUGUGAUGUGCUGAAACCAAAAAAGAAUCAUUAUUCUUGGUUUGCAACCAUGUGACAAAGCUACUAUGUUAGAUGACAAAACAAUACAAUUUUUUUUACAGAAUUUGCAUGAAAAAAGAGUUUAGUUCCCAGGGAAGAGAUACAAUUUUAUUCUUGUAAUCCAGCAUGGCCGCCAUGACGUCAGCUGCAAACCAGCAAUAAUAUUAGUUUUGUCUCAAUUUGUAACGGAGCACCUGUUCAUUAGACAGGUCUGUAAUAAAAAAUAUUAAAUAAUUUUUUUAUAUUAGUAAACUCAAUUCCCUCUUUGUUCUGAAAAUAUCUGGUGUUUCAUUUUUUCAUACUUUUCAGAGUCAUCUGUUCCCUACUGUGCACCUCUUCUGA